CAUCUCACAACAUGGAUAAAUUUCGGUUGGACCAAGCACGUGGGGGUCAGCUCACCGACAGACUCGCCAUACAUGAUGGAUUCGCGCGCCAUAGCUGUGUCCCACAGCUGACAUGCUGGACUAAGUGAAUGAAUGUACUGUGUGCACAUCAGGAUGAGCAAGCGCAGAAGAAAUCUGGUAGAUCAGCAUAUCUUCACCAACCUCAACCGUAUCCUACCAAGCUCAUCAAGAGGACCAACUCACCACACUCAAACCCAAACCGACCAGGCCAGGCCAGAAACCACCCCAAUCAGAAUCACCCUACCCUACAUGGGCAAGACUUCACAUGAAAUCAGCAGACUGAUGGACGUCAGUGAUUCACGCCAAGACCCGGAUGUAACUCCAGUGAAGACGCCCCUUUUGCAGCGCAUUAUUGUGAAGUUUCAAAGCACUGUGUUCAGAAGAAAGGCAAUAUACAUGCUGGGGCUGUACCUCGUGUCUUUCUCCUCUGGAUGGAUAGUGGGACUGAAGGGGCCAGCCUUUCUCGACCUUCAGCAGAUCACUGGAGUAGGCACAAGCCAGGGUGCUGCCUUCUUCACAGCUGCAGCCGUUGGGGCUGUAGUUGGAAGUUUGUUCGGUGGUGCUCUCUAUGACAGUUUCAACCGUCACAUAGUGUUGUUUGUGUCAUCCUUCCUGUAUGCUGUGACGUGUGCAAUCAUUCCCUGGUGUUCUGUGUACUGGUCAAUGGUGAUGAUGUUCCUGAUACACGAGCUGGUUGCAGGUGCUGCCAGGUCAGGUAUGAAUGUGGAGAUCGUGGAGGAGUGGGGAGACGAGGGCAAACCCUUCAUGCAGGCACUGCAUUUCUCCUUCUCUCUUGGGGCAACCAUCGCCCCUUUCGUCCUUGAACCGUUCCUCUCCCAGGAACCUGAACAAACAACAAUGAUCACAGCCAACUAUACCUCCACAACAACCAUUACUUCAGGCAUGAACAUGACUAGUACUCCAGCCCCGAGACCAGAGAGUAACAUCCAUUAUGGCUUUUUAAUUGUUGCAAUUCCCUCAGGAAUAGUUUCUUUUGCAUUCCUCAUCAAAUUCUUCCAUGAAAGGAACAAGGGUACAAGUAACAUUCGACGGAAGGACGCACAGAAGGACGCCAAGGACCAUGAUGAAGAAGAAGGUCCAGCGAGGAAGAAGAGAACUCUCCCUCGACGACUUCUCAUCAUCACACUGGCACUCUUUGCCCUCUUCUACUUCUUCCUGGACGAGGUGGAAGACACCUCCCCAUCUUUCCUGGCUUUGUUUGUCGUGAAGCAGAUGAAUUGGUCUAAGAAAUAUGGUGGACGCCUGUCCUCCGCUUUCUGGGCAUCCUACACAGCUGGGAGAGGGUUUGGCAUCGUCCUCAUCAGUUUCGUCACACACGCCCAGUUCUUCACCAUCUGCUGCGUCGUCCUCUGUGUGUCUCAGCUUGGUCUCCUCCUGUCAGCCACCUAUGGAUUUGGUACUGGUAUCUGGAUCAGCGUUGUUGGUAUAGGACUGGCAAUCUCAGUGGUGUUCCCCGCAAGUCUCACCUGGACAGAAAAGGAGCUUGUCCAACUCUCAGGGAAGCUGAUGGGUGUCAUCUAUGUUGCCCUAGGUCUCGGUGGACUUGCAAACCCUCAGAUUAUUGGCGUCGCCAUGGAUCUGUAUUCACCAAUGUGGUACAGUUAUGUUCUGUUUGCUGAGAGCGUCUUGUUUUCCAUCACCUUCCUAGUUCUGGUGACUUUAGUUAAGAAGGUACUCUCUAAACAUACACAUGACAUUGUACAAAGAGGAAUAAAUGAAAACAAAGAAGAUCCCCUGACAACCUUCAAAAUGAAGAAUGAAUGUGUUGGUCAAAAUGUACCCACCCAGCAAUAAUAAGUAAAACAUUGUUCAAUAUAUCAUGGUCUCCACAGUGGGACAAAAGAGGUUAUUGUUCUUCCAAUGUAAUUGCUCCCUGUAAAGGGUUUCCUCAUAAAGGUAUUUCUUUAAAAGUGCAUGCCAAUCGUCUU